GCAGACCCGUGGGGAGGAUGGGGGGCUUUCGGGCCCGGGCCGCCUGCUAGUGCCUCCUGGGAGUCGUGGAAUCCCGUGCCCUUAAAGCUUCCAGGGGGCCUCUUGUGUCACAAAGUAGCUCCAGAGAGUUCUGUCUUUAUCUCGGCGAGGCACGGAAAAGGCUACCGCAGACAUGUUUAAUCCACACGUGUUAGAUUCUCCGGCCGUGAUUUUCGACAAUGGCUCCGGCCUCUGCAAGGCAGGCCUGUCUGGGGAGAUUGGCCCCCGCCACGUCAUCAGCUCCGUCGUGGGGCACCCCAAGUUCAAGACGCCUUCGGCAGGACCCAACCAGAAGAAGGACUUUGUGGGGGAAGAGGCUUUGCACAAGCGUGAGGUCCUGCACCUGUGUCACCCCAUCGAGCGGGGCCUGGUCACCAGCUGGGAGGACGUGGAGACCCUCUGCAGGCAUCUGUUUGAGUGGGAGCUGGGGGUGAAGACCAGCGACCGGCCCGUGCUCAUGACCGAGCCCUCGCUGAACCCCAGGGAGGCCCGGGAGAAGAUGGCCGAGCUGAUGUUCGAGAAGUUCAACGUGCCCGCCUUCUACCUGUCGGACCAGGCGGUGCUGGCCCUCUACGCCUCAGCCUGCAUCACGGGCCUGGUGGUGGACAGCGGGGACGGGGUCACGUGCACCGUCCCCAUCUUUGAGGGGUACUCCUUGCCCCACGCGGUCACCAAGCUCUACGUGGCGGGCAGGGACAUCACAGAGCACCUCGCCCGGCUGCUGCUGGCUGGCGGGCGGACCUUCCCGUGCGCGCUGGACAAAGUCCUCGUGGACGACAUCAAGGAGAAGCUGUGUUAUGUGGCCCCGGAGCCAGAGAAGGAGCUCUCCCGGAGGCCGGAGGAGAUCCUGAGGGAGUACAAGUUGCCGGACGGGAACAUCGUGCGAAUCGGGGACCAGCUGUACCAGGCGCCCGAGGCCCUGUUCGCACCCGACCAGCUGGGCAUCCAAAACCCGGGCCUCUCGAAAAUGGUCUCCUGCAGCAUCACCAAGUGUGACGCCGACAUCCAGAAGAGCCUCUUCGGGGAGAUCGUUCUGUCGGGGGGCACCACCCUGUUCCAGGGCCUCGAUGACCGUCUCCUCAAGGAGCUGGAGCAGCUGGCUUCCAAAGGGACCCCCAUCAAGAUCACGGCCCCCCCCGACAGGUGGUUCUCCACAUGGAUUGGGGCCUCCAUUGUCACCUCCCUGAGCAGCUUCAAGCAGAUGUGGGUCACCUCCGCGGAUUUCAAGGAGUUUGGGACAUCCGUGGUCCAGAGAAGGUGCUUCUGAGGGGCCAUGGGCAGGGGUGGGUGCGAACUCUCCCCUCGGCAUCAGCAGGACGCUCAAUAAAAGACCGAACGGUGCAGCUUUUGGACA